UGAGACGGAAGAGAAAGCGCUAGAUAAGGGCGUGGGGAAAGAAGGCUGACGCGAAUGACGUGGCAGCCUGGAGCAGUCCGAGCUGAGCUGCCAAAUCUCCGUGCACAAAAACACAGCCUCGGCUUGACGGGUGGUGGCCCUUCUCGGUGCAAAGACAGAGGUCCAAAUUCCUAAUCAAAAUGGAAGUAAAUCCAUGCAAAAUUCAAGUUCUUCUGCAAGCUGCCGAAUUCUUGGAAAGAAGGGAAAGAGAAGCCGAGCAUGGCUACGCUUCAGUCCAUCCGUUCAGUAAAACGACAGAAAAAAGAAGCAAAUCGAAAAUUAGGAAGGGUUCAGCUGGGAACAGUAGGUCAGUUCACAAUGAGCUGGAAAAGCACAGACGAGCUCAGUUGCGGCACUGUUUGGAGCAGUUGAAAAAACAGGUCCCACUGUCCUCGGACACUACAAGGAAUACCACUCUGAAUUUGCUUAGGCGGGCAGAGAUGCACAUAAAGAAGUUGCAGGAGCAGGACGAGAGGGCCGAGGUGCUGAAGGACCGGCUGCGCUGGGAGCAGCAGGAGCUACGUGUGCGUUUGCAGCAGCUGCAGGGUGGCAUGGAGCGGAUGCGCAACGACAGCCUGGGCUCGGCCAUGUCCUCCGAAAGAUCCGACUCGGACAGAGAGGAUGUGGAGAUUGAUGUCGAGAGCAUGGUUUGGACUUUGGACUCUGACGGUCUGGGCGCAACGCACACCGGCGCCGAUCAUAGUUAUUCCACUUCUGACUGUGCCUGGUUAUGACGACCAUAAAACUGCUAUUAUGAAUCGCUGAAACAUUCCAAAACUGUAUCAGUAGGUCGAGAGAAAAACAACAAAAACAAAGAGGCCUCAUACCAAAAAUAUGACUGUUUGCCACAGGAACACACUGCUGCCAUUUUAUAACCAUCAGACUCAGGCUGUUUGCAAGCAUGACUGUAUUUUUGGUAACAGAUGAUAUUUUUAUGACGUGGUGCUUUAGAUACACAGUGAUUAAUGGAGGUAUGACAAGUUUGGUCAUGUAUUUUAUUCUUAAUGUCCUUGUCAUUCUUCUUUGAGCUUCUUGAAGCUUCUUUAAGUCAGGGUGAUCCUGCAGUGUAUAUACUUGCUCGCACUUAGACCUUUCACUUAUUUAACAAAUGUUGCGCUCUAAUUUUGAUAUGUUGCACAAAGCAGUUGCAUCAGCACUUAACUUCACAUCGAUCCUAUUUAGGAGUUGUUCUUGAAUCGCUUAUGGUGAGAUUUCCAUGUUAAUUGCAGAUCAUGUUCAUAUCAGUGUUUUUUUUUUUUUUUUUUUUUUUUUUAAUAUAUAAGCUUUUCUCUUUUGAAAGAUGCAAGAAUACACUUAUGGACAUGUAUUCUGUGCAGCAAGUGAUGAAACUGUCUUAAAUUGUUUUUGUUUUUUUCGAGUAAAAAAUUGUUUUCUAGUAAAAAUGGAACUCUAACACUUAAAAUGAACAUAGCUAAAUUUCACAAAUAGCUUAAUAAAAGGUUAGUGGAGAACUUUCCAAAAAAAAUGCCAUUGCUACAAAUAUCAUUUAGUAUUGAUCAGCUGGCAUGAUCUCAUUUGCCUUAACAGCAGCUUCCUUCAGCAGUGGCAUGUUUAAGUCAAGUAUUUCUUGACUGAUCUGGAUGUGUUUAAGGAACUUGGUUUAUGCCUUAUAAAAAAAACGACAAAAUACUUGUUUCCUGCACUAGUAGUACUUAGAUAAGUUAAUUCUAGGUGCCAUUCAGAUUGAUUUUUCUAAAAAUGACACAAAAGCAGUGUAUUUUAGUUGAUAAAUGUAGAUUUUAUAGUAAGCAUUUCCCUGCUUUAAAAUGUAGUUGCUAGGCUUCACCUGGAAGGUGUCUUUAUAAUUAGGACUCUUUUUAAUGUGUAUGUGCAACGAAAUAUUAGCACUUCUGCUGAACCAGGCAUUUAUGCAAUUUAAUUAAUGUUCAGUUAUUCAUUGUAAAUAUACACAGCUAAAUAGUACACUGUAUAUGUGAUUGUGAACACCAAAAGCCUUAUUUUUUUUGUAUGCCUUUGGAACACCAUCACUUUUGUAUUUAUCUGGCCUUUGUGUAUUCGUAUGUAGCAUUUUCUUACCAAUGUAAACCUUUUUUGUACAAAUAAAUAUUUUAUGUAUUUAACUCAA